CGCAGACUCACCGCUAGCUGAUGGCUGAAUUAGACAUUGGGAAGCACUGUCAGAUCGGUUCCUGCAAUCAGAAAGAUUUCCUUCCGUUUGUGUGUGAUUGCUGCAGCGGUGUUUUCUGCCUUGAACACAGAAGCAGAGAGGCACAUUCAUGUUCAGAGGAACCAGUGAAAAGGGAAUCUCUAUCUGUGGGUGGCAGCACAAGUCACCCAUGCUCAUUUCAAGACUGCAAGGGAAAAGAGUUGUUGCCAGUAAUAUGUCCGCAGUGUGAAAAACAUUUCUGUCUGGCCCAUCGUCAUCAAGAUGAUCACAAGUGUGAGAAGUUGGAGGUCCAAAAGCCUCGAAUGGCAGCCACGAAAGAGCUGGUGCAAAAGAUUGUUGAGUCAAAGGAUGGAUCCAAAAGUAAAGGACGCAGAGGAGCAAAGAACAGUGCAACUGCAGCUAAGGUAGCAUUAAUGAAACUGAAGCUGCAUGCUGCAGGAGACAAGGGACUGCCACAGACAGAAAGAACCUAUUUUCAGGUGUAUCUUCCUAAAGAAUCCAAAGACUCGAGCCAGCCCAUGUUCUUCUGUUCCAAAUGGAGUGUGGGAAAAGUGGUGGAUUUUGCAGCCUCUCUAGCGAGCCUCAAGAACAGCAAUAACAUACUGACAGCUAAGAAGCUGCGCUUAUGUCACCCUCAUACAGGUGAGGCUUUGCGGAUGGACGACACCCUGCUCUCGCUGCUGGCUCACCAAGAAACCCCUCUGUACAAUGGGGGUAAUGUGAUCCUGGAGUACCUGGACAAUGAUUGCACAGGCCUGGAGGAUGUUUCUGCCUAUAUCACACAGACCUGAUAAACAGCACCAGCUACAACAUGGAUAAUUUCUGUAUGCUGUUUGUGUUUCUAUCAUUAAAGUGUUCUAUUGAAAU